GUAUUUCUUAAUGACUUUUUAAUGAUUAUUCAAUACUCAUAGAAUGAUUUGUCCUUUUGUUUCAGCCACAAAUGUAGUGUAGUAGAUUAUCCGCAAACAAAAAUUCUGUAUCCUGAUUCAUCUACAAACCUCCUACGCCCCAAUUCUUAUGUGAUGGAUAGAAUGCAAUUCUCGACGUUCUGAGUCUCUCUUUGCGUUCUGUGCCUAUGACUAGCAUAACCACUACUACCUCAACCUUAUCCUUUUCAUGUUCUACUAAAGUGAACAUCUUUCCCAUUUCUAUCCCUUUUCGCUCAAGAAUUCAUGUGCCCCGGAAAGGAAUCUUAACAUCUAUUAUCACUCUUAACCGGAAGUUGCCCAAACAAAAUGGGUCAAGUUUUGGUAUAUUCAGUUCACUCAAGGACUCUUCUGUAGAAGAUGCCCCAAACAUCAGUCCAUCCCAGAUUCAGGUCAAAACCAGUGUGUGGAAGUGGAAAGGUCACUCGAUCCGCUAUCAAUAUUCUGGGAGCACUGGUCCAGCUCUUGUUUUACUCCACGGUUUUGGAGCAAACAGGUCAACAUUGCUUCUAGUAAACUGUUUGAUAUAGUGACCAUUGGAGGAAAAACCUUCCUGUUCUAGCACAAGCACACCGAGUGUUCUCUAUUGAUCUUAUUGGUUAUGGUUACUCAGACAAACCAAAUCCGUGUGAAUUUGUUGAUCCUUUCUACACCUUUGAGACAUGGGCUAGCCAGCUUAAUGACUUCUGCAAUGAUGUUGUCAGUGACAAAGCCUUCUUUAUCUGCAACUCCAUUGGAGGGAUUGUUGGUCUUCAAGCUGCAGUGUUGGAACCUGGUAUAUGUAAAGGUGUUGUUGUUUUAAAUAUAUCCCUCCGUAUGCUGCAUGUAAAGAAGCAACCUUGGUAUGGAAGGCGGUUCAUUAGAUCCUUCCAGAGCUUGCUGAGGAAUACAGAAAUUGGCAAACUCUUCUUUAAAGCUGUUGCCACACCCAAAUCAGUGAGAAGUAUCCUUUGUCAGUGCUACCAUGACACAUCCCAGGUGACGAAUGAGUUAGUAGAAGCCAUCCUUCGUCCAGGACUUGAGCCUGGUGCUGCAGAUGUCUUUCUUGAGUUCAUAUGCUACUCUGGAGGGCCUCUUGCUGAAGAACUACUGCCUCAAGUAAAGUGCCCUGUUUUAGUCGCUUGUGGAGACAAGGAUCCAUGGGAGCCAUUAGAGCUUGGAAGAGCAUACAGUAAAUUUAAUACAGUUGAAGAUUUCGUUGUCCUCCCUGAUGUUGGCCACUGUCCUCAGGAUGAGGCUCCCCAUCUUGUAAACCCGCUAGUUGAGAGUUUUGUGUCCCG